GGAAGCAGCCCUGACACACAAGAUAAACAUUCGUCUCGGCCACAAUCUCUAAAAUGGCUGAGUCUUGUUCAUUAUUUGGUGAAGAACAAUUCACUUGUUCAAUUUGUCUGGAUCUACUGAAGGAGCCUGUGACCAUUCCUUGUGGACACAGUUACUGCAUGGGCUGUAUAAAGGACUACUGGAGUCUAAAUGACCAGACAAGUGUCUACAGCUGUCCUCAGUGUAGACAGAUAUUCACCACAAGGCCUGCUCUGAACAAAAAUACCAUGUUUGCAGAGGUAGUGGAAAGACUGAAGAAGACUGAAGAACUCCAAGCUGACCCUUCUGUUCCUAGUUAUGCUGAACCAGGGGAUAUUGUGUGUGAUGUCUGUGCUGGGAGAAAGCAGAAAGCCAUCAAGUCUUGUCUUCUGUGCCUGGCCUCGUACUGUGAAACACACCUCAAGCUUCAUGACAAGCUAAACCCAGGAAAACGACACAGGCUUGAGGAAGCCUCCAUACAGCUACAGGAGAAGAUCUGCUCCCAGCAUGACAAACUGCUGGAGGUUUACUGCCGUACCGAUCAACGUUGUAUCUGCUAUGAGUGUUUGAUGGGUGUACACAAAGGCCAUGAAACCGUUUCAGCUGUAGCUGAAAGCACAGAAAAACAGAAAGAACUGAAGGAGGCACACAAGAAAUCCAAGCAAGUAAUCAAGAGGAAAGAGAAGGAGCUAUUGCGGUUGAAGCAGGCCAUGGAGUCUCUCACAUACUCAGCACAGGUAGCUGUGGAAGACAGUGACAAGGUCUUUGAUGAAAUGAUCCGCUCUGUUGAGAAGUGGCACUCUGAUGUGAAAAGACUGAUCAGAUCACAGGAGAAUGCUGCUGUGGGCCAGGCUGAAGAGCAGGUUGACCAGUUGCAAAAGGAGAUUGCAGAGUUGAGGAGGAGAGAUGCUGAGCUUGGGCAGUUGUCAAAAACAAAAGAUUCUAUUAUUUUCCUCCAGAGCUGUCAAUCAAUCCUAGCCCUCCCUGGAUGUGGAGAUUCAUGCAGCAUCAAUGUCAGCCAACAAGUGUCUUUUGAAGGCGUGAAGAAAUCUGUGGCUGAACUGAAACAGCGAUUGGAGGACAUCUGCAAAGGGACCUUCGUAAAAAUCUCUAAAAAAGUACAAGAUGUUCAUAUUCUGCAGGCAUCAAAUCCCAGUCCACCUCUACCCCAAGUAAAAGAAAAGUUUGUGGAGAGUAAAGUACCAACAACAAGGGAGGAGUUUUUGAAAUAUGCCUGUCAGCUCACAUUGGACCUAAACACCGCACAUAAAAACCUCCUUCUCUCCAAAGACAACAAAGAGGCUGUAUGGAAGGAUGUGGCACUGCCUUAUCCUGACCACCCAGAGAGAUUUGUAAACAAUGCUGUAGUACUGUGUAGAGAGGCGCUGUCAGGCCGCUGUUACUGGGAAGUUGAAUGGAGUGGAGUACAGGUUGUUAUGGGUGUUGCAUAUAAGGGGAUAAACAGAAAGAAGUGUCCUACUCAUGAUCAUUUUGAUUGGAUUUUAAACUUUCAUGAACAGACCUGGAGUUUGGAUGUGUUUGGUCGCUGUGUUUGGGAGAAUACUAAACAGACUAAACAACUACCUUUUUGGCCUUCUAAGAAAAUAGGGCUCUACUUGGAUCACAAGGCUGGAUCGCUAAUGUUCUAUAACAUUACUGACACAAUGACCCUCCUCUAUAGAGUACAAACUACAUUCACUCAACCACUCUAUCCUGUUUUCUGGAUCAAAGUACAGUCCGGGAUGAAAUUGUGCCGCAUGAAAUAAAUGAAAAUGAUUAUUAUAAAAAUAUGAUGCUUUUUGAAAUACUCUUUUUACAAUUGAAAAGAAGUAUGGGGGUUUGUCUGUUUGGGAUUAUAAACGGCACCCACUUCUAACGGCAAUCAUUUACAACAAAUUAUACAAAUUAUAUGCUGUAUGAGUAAGAAGGAAGUAUACCAAUUGCAUACAAGAAUGAAUAAAAAUAAGUGAAUGGUAA